GGCGGCGCCCGGCACGGGGACUGCCUGCGGCUGCCGAGGCUCCGAAAGCCUUUGUGGGCGCUGGUGGGCACCCCUGCGUUUGUCACCGGCCCCCGCGCCGGGAUCUGGACUCUCGCCCCCCCGCGGGGCGCUCCCUCGCCGUUGCUGGUGCACCCGCGUCCGGCUCGCCGUGGACGCCGGGCCUGGUGUUUCCUCCCGGGCCCGCCCUGCCCACUCCAUGUGGGCCUCGCGGACUCGGGGCACCGGGACCCCGAGGGCAGGGCGGACGCAGCCGGGCCCGGUUUCCGAGUCCGUCCUCAGGACGGCCGCCCCUCCCGCCUCGGGACACCCAGCGCUUUCCUCUUCAAAGCUGCUGUUUGGCCGGGCGCGGUGGCUCACGCCUGUAAUGCCAGCACUUUGGGAGGCCGAGGCGGGUGGAUCACGAGGUCAGGAGAUCGAGACCAUCCUGACUAACACGAUCUGCCUUCUGGAGACUGCGCCGUCCUCCCGGGAGAGCCAGAAAGAGGACAUGGCUGCUGGGCAGCGGGAAGCGAGGCCCCAGGUGUCACUGACAUUCGAGGACGUGGCUGUGCUGUUUACCCGGGAUGAGUGGAGAAAGCUGGCUCCUUCUCAGAGAAACUUGUACCGGGAUGUGAUGCUGGAGAACUAUAGGAACCUGCUCUCACUGGGGCUCCCAUUUACCAAACCACAAGUGAUCUCCCUGUUGCAGCAAGGAGAAGAUCCCUGGGAGGUGGAGAAAGAGGGUUCUGGUGUCUCCUCUCUAGGAUCGAAGAGCAGUCAUAAAACCACAAAGUCAACGCAAACACAAGACUCUUCAUUUCGGGGACUGAUACUGAAAAGAUCCAACAGGAAUGUACCUUGGGAUUUGAAAUUAGAAAAGCCUUACAUAUAUGAAGGCAGAUUAGAGAAAAAGCAGGAUAAAAAGGGAAGUUUUCAGAUAGUUUCAGCCACCCACAAAAAAAUCCCCACUAUAGAAAGAAGCCAUAAAAAUACUGAAUUGAGCCAAAACUUCAGCCCAAAGUCAGUGCUUAUUAGGCAACAGAUACUUCCCAGAGAAAAAACACCACCAAAAUGUGAAAUACAAGGAAACAGCCUCAAACAGAAUUCACAAUUACUUAAUCAACCAAAAAUUACAGCAGAUAAACGCUAUAAAUGUAGUCUGUGUGAAAAAACCUUCAUUAACACUUCAUCCCUUCGUAAACAUGAGAAAAACCAUAGUGGAGAGAAACUAUUUAAGUGUAAAGAAUGUUCAAAAGCCUUUAGCCAAAGUUCAGCUCUUAUUCAACAUCAAAUAACGCAUACUGGAGAGAAACCCUACAUAUGUAAAGAAUGUGGGAAAGCCUUUACUCUCAGUACAUCCCUUUAUAAACAUCUAAGAACCCAUACUGUGGAGAAAUCCUAUAGAUGUAAAGAAUGUGGUAAAUCCUUCAGCCGAAGGUCAGGACUUUUUAUACAUCAAAAAAUUCAUGCUGAAGAAAACCCUUGUAAGUAUAAUCCGGGUAGGAAGGCAUCUAGUUGCAGCACAUCCCUUUCUGGAUGUCAAAGAAUUCAUUCUAGAAAGAAGUCCUACUUAUGUAAUGAAUGUGGCAACACCUUUAAGUCUAGCUCAUCCCUUCGUUAUCAUCAGAGAAUUCACACUGGAGAGAAACCUUUUAAAUGUAGUGAAUGUGGGAGAGCCUUCAGCCAGAGUGCGUCUCUUAUUCAACAUGAAAGAAUUCACACUGGAGAAAAGCCCUACAGAUGCAAUGAAUGUGGGAAAGGCUUUACUUCUAUUUCACGACUUAAUAGACACCGAAUCAUUCAUACUGGAGAGAAGUUUUAUAAUUGUAAUGAAUGUGGUAAAGCCUUAAGCUCCCACUCAACACUUAUUAUUCAUGAGCGAAUUCAUACUGGAGAAAAACCAUGUAAAUGUAAAGUAUGUGGAAAAGCCUUCAGACAGAGUUCAGCUCUCAUUCAACAUCAGAGAAUGCAUACUGGAGAAAGACCCUAUAAGUGUAACGACUGUGGGAAAACGUUCAGGUGUAACUCAUCGCUUAGUAAUCACCAGAGAAUUCAUACUGGAGAGAAACCAUAUCGAUGUGAGGAAUGUGGGAUAUCUUUUGGCCAAAGUUCAGCUCUUAUUCAGCAUCGAAGGAUUCAUACAGGAGAAAAACCCUUUAAAUGUAAUACAUGUGGAAAAACUUUCAGACAAAGCUCAUCACGUAUUGCACAUCAGAGAAUUCAUACUGGAGAGAAACCCUAUGAAUGUAAUACAUGUGGGAAACUUUUCAACCAUAGGUCAUCCCUUACUAAUCAUUAUAAAAUUCAUAUCGAAGAGGACCCCUAGAAAGUAGAUUUGUGCGUGUGAAAGCCUUAAACCAAAGCUCAUCGAAGAAUACAUCAUUGAGAGAGAUGUAAUAAAUGUAAUGGAUGUGAAAAAAACUAAUAAUUUAUCCCUCAUUAGGUAUUUAAUUCCAUGGAUAAACGUCAACUAUAUAAUAGAUAUGAGGAAAGUGUUUGUGCCUGUCAGACACUUAAAAAAAUAACCUGAGAUGAAGAAUUUACAAUUGGAGACAUUGACUUUAGCCAUUUGUGAAAUGGGUUUGCUUUUUCCCUUUUCCUACAGACGUAUAUGCUAGAUGUCACGUGAUCAUCAGAAACAUAUGUGAGUGGGUGGGGAGGUGUGCUUUAGAUUUCUCGUUAGAAGACUACCAAACUGGUAAUAUUUUUAUAGCAUUUUAAUAGCAUACAAAUGAAUUGAUCAAAUUAUACCUUUUUAGAGAAAAGGACCAAAAUAAAAGAAAAAUAAAUUAUGAACUACCUCUCAGUCUCUGGGGUUCGUCCUUUUCCUACCCUGAUGUCAAACUUGUGCAUGGAUUUCAUUAAAAAAGAAAAAGAAAAA